CAUUUCCAAUAACGAAAGACACGAAAAUAAAUAUAUAUAUUAAAAAAAAACAACUCAUUUAUGGGGGAACAUUCCGUCUCAUACACAAACGCAAUCUAUUUCUGUUUCAGUUCACUAGGUGUUAUAAACGCGUUCAGACGCUCCGCACUGCCGUACAGUCAGUGAUUCCUUUGCCUUCAUUACAGUUCCAGAGUAAACAAAUAAAGUGCACGUAGUCGCGUAACUACACACGGAAUCAGCAGCUACAUCGUUCUUCUUAACCUUAAAUAAUCCGCGCUACAAGGAUGGGUGACCAAGGGAUGUACUCAUUGGAUGUGGUCGAUGGAAAGAAGCAGGAUGCUACCACCAAGAAGUGGUACAGAAGCGCCCCGCACAGAAUCUUCGUCAAUCGCAGUCUGCAUUUGGAAAACAUAAAAUUUUAUGGCUUCGACAUGGAUUACACUUUGGCAGAAUAUAAAUCACCAGAAUACGAAAUCCUAGGUUUCGAUUUGGUCAAGGAGCGUAUGGUCUCCAUAGGGUAUCCUCAAGAAAUUUUGGAAUUCGAAUACGACACUUCCUUCCCAGUCAGAGGUCUGUGGUUCGACACGCAUUAUGGAAAUCUGCUGAAAGUCGACGCCUACGGAAACAUUCUUGUGUGCGCGCAUGGUUUCGAAUUUCUCAAGCACUCUCAAGUCUACGAACUUUAUCCGAACAAGUUCCUCACCCUGGACGAAUCCCGCGUCUACGUGCUCAACACCCUCUUCAAUCUUCCGGAGACGUAUCUCCUGGCUUGCUUGGUGGACUUCUUCACCAACUCGCCGCAAUACACGAAGAGCAAGACCGGAGUGAAAUGCGGGGACAUGUUCAUGUCUUUCAAAUCAAUCUUCCAGGAUGUAAGGAAUGCGGUUGAUUUCGUUCACAUUCAAGGGGAUCAACUGAAGAAGCGCACCACCGAGAACCUGGAGAAGUAUGUCAACAAGGAUGACAGGCUACCUAUGUUCUUGACGAGGCUCAGGGAAAGCGGCGCCAAGACUUUCCUCCUCACCAACAGCGGAUACAAUUUCACCGAUAAGAUUAUGACAUACCUCUUCGAUUUUCCUCAUGGCGCCAGGCCUGAAGAACCUCACAAGAAUUGGAAGACUUAUUUCGAUACAAUCGUUGUCGAUGCCAGGAAACCAUUAUUCUUUGGAGAAGGAACGAUCUUGAGGCAAGUCAAUCCAGAAACUGGAGCUCUAAGGGUUGGGAUCCAUACCGGUCCAUUCCAAAAGGAGCACGUGUACUCCGGAGGUUCUUGCGAUGUUUUCACGGAACUGAUUGGAGCCAAAGGUAAGGACGUACUCUACGUUGGUGAUCACAUCUUCGGUGAUAUCCUGAAGAGCAAGAAGAUCCGAGGCUGGAGGACGUUCCUGAUCGUGCCCGAAUUGGUGCAGGAACUCCACGUCUGGACAGAUAAGUGUCAAUUGUUUGAUGAUCUGCAGAAGCUCGAUGUGAAGCUAGGAGAAAUGUACAAAAAUUUGGACAGCAGCACUAAAGAGAAGCCCGAUAUUUCGAAAUUGCGUGCGUCAAUCCGCGACGCUACCCACAAGAUGGACAUGUCCUACGGCAUGAUGGGCAGUUUGUUCCGUUCUGGCUCAAGGCAGACUUUCUUUUCAUCUCAGGUGGUAAGGUACGCGGAUUUGUACGCAGCUACACACCUGAACCUGCUCUACUAUCCAUUCUCAUACAUGUUCAGAGCACCGGCAAUGCUCUUACCCCACGAAUCUACAGUUGCUCAUGAACAGAGGUUCGUCCUCGAAUCUCCGUACGUCUCCCGCUCAAAAGUGUUCUCCAUGGACGACGAGACCGACGUGAAAACCUCUCAGCAUAAAGUUCUGGAACGAUCCCAGAGUCAAAUACCGCACGUGAGACCCGAGACUCCGCGCUCUGUGACCCACAAUCACGACGAAGACUUCUCCGACGACGACAGUGAUAAAACCUCAGCGAAGAACGGCGAGAAAUCCGAUUGAAUCAAUUACUCAAUCCACUUGUUGACGAGUUACCGUUCUUUUCUGUAGUUUUAGUUGAAACGUAUAUAAAAAAAACAGUGAAUUUAAUAAUCGUAAAUAAUGUUAAUAAUACGCAGUUCGCUGCCAGUUAAUGCAAUUAAAGCACACUUGUUUUCAUUUUUCUUCUCUAAAAAUAAUUAGUUUCUAAAUAUACAAUAAACGAAGAGCAUUAUAAAGUUUAAUAAAAGUUAAAUAAAAAUUAUGAACGAUGGAAUUGAGAAGACGAUGAUAAUAUUAUAUUGUUAAAGUUAGAUUUUAUAUUUUAUAUUGUUUGUUUUUUUUAAGGAAAAAGAUCAUAGUUUAUAACGACUUAUAUAUUUAUUUUGUUUUUAACUGUGAGUUUACAAAUAAACCUUUUUUAUUUUA